UGAGCGCUAUACCGGGCUUACUCCUGAGUAGACAUUUCCUUUGGAUUCCGGAAGCUCCCUCCCGGGCAGACCUUGCUCGCUGUGCCCGGCCUGGGCUCCCCUUUUCGGGCCGUUGCCUCCGCGAGGGAGGCGGAUUCCUCCUGCUCUUCCUCCUCCUCCUCCGCUCCAAGGCGAAGAAGGGCAGGAAAGGCGGGCCUGCCCGAGGGACGACGCGAUGAUGGCGGCAGCGGCGGCGGCGGCUUCGGGCUCGGCCGGCCGGGCGCCGGUGCUGCUCUCGUGCCUGCUGAGCCACCUGGGCGGCCUCUUGGUGGCGGCGGCGGCGGGGCAGGCCCAGGUGGAGGUGCUACUCUUGCCGCCUCCUCCUCCUCCGCCGGCGCCCGAAGAGCAGCCAGCACAGCAGGCCGAGGGAAGCGACCCCGGCAGCAGCUACACUCUGCAGGGCGCGCUGCUGGGCAGGCCCGGCCUGGAGCCGGAGCGCGGGGAGAAGCGGCCCCAGGAAGAGGGCGAGGAGGAGGAGGAAGCCAUCCGGGGCAGCCUCGUCCUGGUGGGGGACACUGACCCCAAGCUGAAGGAUGAUGACAGUUGGAUUGGCGUCGUCCCAGUGGGCGAGGAGCAGGCAGAUCUCACACGAGGCAGCAAAGAAGAGUCCUUUACCACUGCUGUGGUCAACAAGAUGAAGCGCGCCCUUGUCUUGGGGGCCUCGGCUUUGCUUAUCCUCGCGCUGAAUCAGAACGCCAUCCGUGAGUUGGAUGUCUCCCAGGUCCUCUCCAAGCCUGUGAUUGUUGUCCAGACUUCAGAAAACGUUACCAAGCUCCUCGGAGCAUUGCUACGAGGUCUUCGGGCAACAGCAAAGAUAACAUACCAAGCGGUGCUACUGGAAAACGUGGGAGUGACCUUGACUCUGUGGUCAACCUGUGGCCUGUCCCGGGGCGGUCUCUAUGGAGAGUGGCAAGGAGUCAUCUGCACAGGAGAGAACAGCUCCAGAGUCCAGAAGUAUCUCCAACAGCUGUGGAAUGCCAUCUUGCUCAUUGCCUUGAUCCUUUGCACAGGCGUUAUCAUGCAGGCACAGCGACAGUCCCGGCACAGCCGGCUCGACCAGGACUCUGAGCUCGAUCUCAAGCAGCACAUUGUGCAGAGGCUCUCAGCGCUGAAGACUCGGCGCUACCACCCCGGGAAGCUGCCCCGGAGAUGGGCUCACGAGAUCGACAGCUGCGCCAUCUGCUUGGACCGGUUCCACAAGAACCAGUGUCUCCGGGUGCUGCCAUGCCUGCAUGAGUUUCACCGGGACUGUGUGGAUCCGUGGCUCCUCUUGCAGCAGACCUGCCCCCUCUGCAAACACAAUAUUUUAGGAAACUGCUGUCAAGACAGUUAGCAGCACGACGAUUGCCCGCCUUUACGGAUCAAUCUGCUUGUAUUUCAAGGGAGAGAGCAAUUUCCCCCAGAAUGUUUGGACGCCAUGGCAGCUACUCAGGACAUGGAGGAAAUGACUCUCUUGGAACUUGGGGCUCCUUUGAGAUGGGAAGCGUGUGUGUAUGUGUUAAAAAAUAAUGUGUUUGUUCUCUGGCCUUUUCUGUGCUGGGCUAAAUCAAUUGCACCAUUGGUGGAGCAUCUGUGCAGUAUGAACCCAGGUAGGGGUGUGUGUGUGUUUGGGGGGGGGGUUGAAACUCUCUGCUUGUACCUUGUUUUGCCACCUUGCAAGGUCCCCCCUCCCCAAGCUUGCACUGUUCCUGAUGGGAGGAGGCUUCACUUGCUUAGGGUUGGGAGGGUGGGGAAUUUGAAAUGCUUGCUUUAUUUAUACUAACUUAUUAGAGAGAAGGGGCUGGGCAAGACUGCAGGGGGUUAUGGAGGGGCUGCAGAGCCCUCUCUGGAGAGCGUCACGGCACUCGAGGCACUGCUGGGGUGUGUAAAGAGCCAACUGUACUAAUAAAAAGAAGAAGAAAAUCUAAGCAACAAGACGCUUGACUCGGCAGCAUUCCAUUGCAAUCCCAUCUUUCCCCCUGCCUAG